AAAAAAAAGAAAAAGAAAAACCCGUCAGUAAAGCUUCCGUCUUCCUCCUUAACUCAACUAUUAACCCCACCCACCCCCAUUUUCUCCCUCCUUCUCUCUCUAAACCCUUACUAACUCUCUCUCUCUCUCUCUCUCUCUCUACACUCUUCUUCCUCGUUGGAUCUGCAAGUACAAUAUCUGUACCUACUUCAAUUUCCAUUCAUCAAUCAAACCCGGAUUUAAUUAUCCCAAAUUUCUGCCCAAUUGUUGAGGCAGAAAGAGGUUAAUAUUUAUUGAUUGUUUGAUUGUAGUAUUAAUUUUAUUAUUAUGAGAGUACCUUGUUGUUCAGUUUGUCAGAAUAGGUAUGACGAGGAGGAGCGUUGCCCUUUGCUGCUCCAAUGCGGUCAUGGAUUUUGCAGGGAGUGUCUUUCUAGAAUGUUCUCUGCUUCGCCGGAUACUAGCUUAUCGUGCCCCAGGUGUCGCCACGUGUCCCUUGUGGGCAACUCCGUUACUGCCCUAAAAAAGAACUACGCGAUCCUCGCUUUAAUCCGCGACUCUAGUUCCAGGUACUCAAGCGAUGAUGAGGAAGAUGAAGAAGAGGGGGGCUUCAAUGAGAAUGGUGAUGAUAAUGAGGAGAACGAUUCGAGAAGGAGGCAUGGCGCCCGUGCUGCGUCCAGCUCGGGUUGUGGGGGUGGGAGGAUAGAGGUGGGUGCUCAUCACGAAGUUAGGUUGAUUAGGAGGAUAGGUGGUGAGUCCAAGAGGCAUGGAGUAGAGAUGUGGGCAGCAACUGUUUCUGGUAGUGGUGGUGGUGGUCGGGGCCGGUGUAGGCAUAAAGUGGCGGUGAAGAAGGUGGGAGUUGGAGAGGAAAUGGAUGUGGUGUGGGUUCAAGAGAAGUUGGAGAAGUUGAGGCGGGAGUCUAUGUGGUGUAGAAAUGUGUGUGCUUUUCAUGGUGUCUCCAAAUUAGAAAGAAGCUUGUGCUUGAUUAUGGAUAGGUGUAAAGGAUCUGUACAGACCGAGAUGCAGCGCAACGAAGGCCGUCUCACUCUUGAGCAAAUUCUGAGAUAUGGAGCAGACAUUGCACGUGGGGUGGCUGAGCUUCAUGCAGCUGGUAUUGUCUGCAUGAAUAUUAAGCCGUCCAAUCUUCUUUUAGAUGAAAAUGGUCAUGCUGUGGUCUCUGAUUAUGGACUUCCAGCAAUUCUAAAGAAGCCUGCCUGUAGGAAAGCUAGAUUGGAGUGUGAGUCCUCAAUAACCCAUUCAUGCAUGGAUUGUACAAUGCUUAGCCCAAACUACACUGCUCCAGAAGCAUGGGAGCCUGUAAAGAAAUCAAUUAAUCUUUUCUGGGAUGGUGCCAUUGGUAUAUCUCCGGAAUCAGAUGCCUGGAGCUUUGGUUGUACAUUGGUGGAAAUGUGCACUGGUUCUAUUCCAUGGGCUGGCUUAAAUGCAGAGGAAAUUUAUCGGGCUGUUAUAAAGGCAAGGAGACAACCUCCUCAAUAUGCAAGUGUAGUGGGUGUUGGAAUACCGCCAGAGUUGUGGAAGAUGAUUGGUGAGUGUCUGCAGUUCAAGGCUUCCAAGAGACCAACUUUUAGUUCAAUGUUAGCCACAUUUCUUCGCCACUUGCAAGAGAUCCCUCGCAGCCCUCCUGCCAGCCCUGAUAAUAACUUGCAGUACUUGGGAACGAAUGGUGUAGUGCCAUCUGCUACGUAUCAAUUGGAGGUUUCUCUUGAUGAUCCCAGUCUUCUACACAGACUCAUUUCUGAAGGCAAUGUAAAUGGAGUUCGAGACUUGCUAGCGAAGACUAUUUCAGGACAAAGUAUUAGCUCUUUCUGUUCUCUACUGGAGGCGCAAAAUGCUGAUGGGCAAACUGCUCUCCACCUUGCUUGUAGACGAGGAAGUGUUGAACUUGUUGAGGCCAUUCUGGAAUACGCGCAGGCAAAUGUGGAUGUCCUAGACAAAGAUGGUGAUCCGCCCCUUGUGUUUGCUCUCGCUGCUGGAUCACCUGAAUGUGUUCGUGCUCUUAUCAGGAGGCACGCCAAUGUGAGAUCGAGACUGAGAGAGGGGCUUGGUCCGUCCGUUGCUCAUGUCUGUGCAUACCAUGGCCAACCAGAUUGCAUGCGUGUAGGUCUCUUGUCCUUUUAUGUGUAUGUUGAGAAAGAUGUUAGGCUGAAACUGAAAUGUGGAGGAACAAAUGGAAAGUCUCCAAGCUNAAAUGGAGGCUGUAAAUCAAUGGCUAUCUUGAACUCCAAAAAUUUGACGCCACUGCACUUGUGCAUCGUGACUUGGAAUGUUGCUGUUGUCAAGAAGUGGGUGGAACUUGCAUCUAUUGAAGAGAUCGCUGAUGCUAUUGAUAUUCCAAGUCCUGUUGGUACUGCACUGUGCAUGGCAGCAGCCUUAAAGAAAGAUCGUGAAGCAGAGGGAAGAGAACUGGUACGUUUGAUUUUAGCUGCUGGAGCAGAUCCAGCUGCACAAGACACACAACAUUUUCGAACUGCUUUGCACACUGCUGCUAUGAUAAACGAUGUUGAGUUGGUCAAGAUCAUCCUCGAUGCUGGAGUUGAUGUAAACAUCAAGAAUGUGAAUAAUACAAUACCUCUUCAUGUGGCAUUGAAUAGAGGUGCGAAAUCAUGUGUGGGAUUGCUUUUGUCUGCUGGGGCAAACUGUAAUUUCCAGGAUGAUGAAGGUGAUAAUGCUUUCCAUGUAGCAGCAUUCUCUGCCAAUAUGAUACGUGAAAAUCUUGAUUGGAUUGUAAUUAUGCUCAGGUAUCCAGAUGCUGCUAUUGAAGUUAGGAAUCACAGCGGCAAAACUUUAUGUGACUAUUUGGAGACUCUGCCUCGUGAAUGGAUUUCAGAAGAUUUGAUAGAGGCACUUAGGGAGAAGGGGGUCCAUUUAUCUCCCACAGUAUAUGAAGUAGGAGACUGGGUGAAAUAUAAGAGAAGCAUUGUGACACCAACUUAUGGGUGGCAAGGUGCAAGACAUAAGAGUGUUGGUUUUGUGCAAAAUGUCCUUGACAAAGACAAUCUCGUUGUGUCCUUUUGCUCUGGGGAAGCUCAAGUACUGGUAGAUGAAGUUGUAAAAGUGAUUCCAUUAGACAGAGGGCAACACGUGAAGCUCAAGCAAGAUGUCAAAGAACCAAGGUUUGGUUGGCGCGGCCAUGCCCAUGAUAGCAUAGGAACUGUAUUAUGUGUUGAUGAGGAUGGGGUGCUUCGUGUUGGGUUUCCUGGAGCAUCUAGAGGGUGGAAAGCUGAUCCUGCGGAAAUGGAACGUGUGGAGGAAUUUAAGGUUGGAGAUUGGGUUCGGAUUCGUCCUACACUCACAACAGCUAAACAUGGAUUUGGAUCUGCAACGCCAGGAAGCAUUGGUGUAGUGUACUGUAUCAAGCCAGACAGUAGUCUGAUGGUGGAGCUAAGCUAUCUUCCUCAUCCAUGGCAUUGUGAACCAGAAGAGGUUGAACCUGUUGAGCCAUUCAGAAUUGCUGAUAGGGUCUGUGUGAAGCGCACUGUCGCAGAGCCAAGAUAUGCUUGGGGUGGUGAAACACAUCAUAGUGUAGGAAAAAUAAUUGAUAUAGAGGCUGAUGGUCUGUUGAUCAUAGAAAUCCCCAAUCGGCCAAUCCCGUGGCAGGCAGAUCCUUCUGACAUGGAGAAGCUGGAGGAUUUCAAGGUAGGUGACUGGGUAAGGGUAAAAGCUUCAGUUCCCUCACCAAAAUAUGGUUGGGAGGAUAUCACGAGGAACAGCGUAGGUAUAAUACACAGUUUGGAAGAAGAUGGUGAUGUUGGCAUCGCUUUUUGCUUCCGGAGCAAGCCUUUCUCUUGUUCAGUGACAGAUGUGGAGAAGGUGCCACCUUUUGAAGUUGGACAAGAAAUUCAUGUUUUGCCAUCCGUUUCUCAGCCCCGACUUGGAUGGUCCAGUGAGACACCAGCAACGGUUGGAAAGAUUGUAAGAAUUGACAUGGAUGGUGCUCUAAACGUUAAGGUUGCUGGGAGAGACAGUUUGUGGAAGGUUUCUCCUGGAGACGCAGAAAGGCUUUCGGGAUUUGAAGUAGGUGAUUGGGUACAUUCUAAACCAAGCCUGGGAACUAGACCCAGUUAUGAUUGGUAUAGCAUUGGGAAAGAAAGUCUAGCGGUUGUGCAUAGUGUUCAAGACACUGGUUAUUUAGAGCUUGCAUGCUGUUUUCGCAAAGGACGCCUGAUGACUCAUUACACUGACGUUGAAAAGGUUUCUGGAUUUCGAAUUGGGCAGCAUGUUAGGUUUAGGGCUGGGCUGGUAGAACCAAGAUGGGGCUGGAGAGGCACUAAUCCAGAUUCUCGAGGUGUUAUAACUGGUGUUAAUGCUGAUGGAGAAGUUAGGGUUGCAUUUUUUGGUUUGCAGUGUCUCUGGAAAGCAGAUCCUGCAGACCUUGAGAUAGAGCCAACAUUUGAAGUCGGAGAGUGGGUCAAGUUGAGAGAGAUUGCAAGCGGUUGGAAAUCUGUAGGGCCAGGUAGCAUUGGAGUUGUGCAAGGAAUGAGUUAUGAAGGAGAUAAGUGGGAUGGUAAUGUCUUUGUCGCCUUUUGUGGAGAGCAGGACCAAUGGGUGGGAUAUUGCAGCCAUCUUGAGAGAGUGAAUAAGCUCUUAGUCGGUCAGCGUGUUAGAGUAAGAAACUCUGUAAAGCAGCCAAGGUUUGGGUGGUCAAAUCACAGUCAUGCAAGUGUUGGAAAUAUAUCAGCAAUUGAUGCAGAUGGCAAAUUAAGAAUCUACACACCAGCAGGCUCAAAAUCUUGGAUGCUUGAUCCUUCAGAAGUAGACCUUGUUGAGGAAGAGGAAAUCCAAGUUGGUGAUUGGGUCAGGGUUAGGGAGAAUGUGUCUAACCCAACACACCAGUGGGGGGAUGUCUGUCAUUCUAGUAUGGGGGUGGUGCACCGCAUAGAAGAUGGUGAUCUUUGGGUUUCAUUCUGCUUUAUGGAUAGGCUAUGGCUCUGCAAGGCCUCGGAAAUGGAAAAAAUUAGAGCAUUUAAAAUUGGGGACAAGGUGAAGAUCAGAGAUGGGCUGGUGGCACCUAGAUGGGGAUGGGGGAUGGAGACGCAUGCGAGUAGAGGUGAGGUUGUUGGAGUAGAUGCUAAUGGGAAGCUAAGAAUUAAAUUUCAAUGGAGAGAAGGGCGGCCAUGGAUUGGAGACCCUGCUGAUAUUACUCUUGAUGAGCGCAAUGAUCAGUGAAACAUUUGUCUUUUUUACUUCUCCUAUCACUAGAUAAUGGGCAGGGCAACCCUUAGCCUGUUUUAUAUAUAUGGGAGGCAGUCACUGUGCUGGCUGUGCGAUGGCGUUAGAGGCUGCCCCAGGGCAGUUGACAGCCAUGAGGACGGAUGUACCCAGAGAAGACGUGAUGACGGAGAGAUGGGUAAAAGGUUACAAAGAAGCUGGGAUGGAUUUGGGGUCAUUGCUGAAGUUAGAUGUGGUCAUCGUUGGGGCCCGCAUUGGAGAUUUUUCUGCAUAAUGAGUGUUUCCUUUAGCUGCAUUAACAGGAAUAUGUUUGUUUUCUAUUCUGUACAAAUCACAAGGAAAUUUUUGGGUCUCAUAGCUUUCAAACAUAGUUCACUUACACUAGAUUUGAACAUUUCUCUCCUCUAUCUUGUCAUUUAAAAAAUGCUGAGGCCACUGCUCAUAAUCUUGUAAAAUUUUAUUUAGCCGUUUGAAUAGAGAAGCAUGUGAAUUUAAUGCCUUUCCUCUUA